ACUAGCGCCUGGCUGCAGGGCAGGCCUGUGAGUCCAGGGCGUGGCUCAGAGCGUGAAACAUGGCCGGGCUGGGCGCUGGCGAAGGCGACUGCGGCCACGAGGAUCAGCGCGAUGACAGCGUGUUCAAGGUGGCCACGGAGGUGUUUAGGAAGCUGAAGGACCUCAACUGCCCCUUCCUCAAGGGUCUACAUAUCACAGAACCAGAGACCCUUCAGGAACUGCUGUGUAAACCCUCGAAGUACCGCUUGGAAAUCCUGGAGUGGAUGUGUAUACGGGCCUGUCCCUCCUUGAAAGACAGGUUCAGCUCGCUGUACGGGGCCCCAGUCGAGUUGAAGAUCCAAGUGAUGGUGAAACUAGGCCAUGAGCUGAUGCUGUGUGGGCCAGAUGAUGAGGACCUCCUGCAGGGCCUGGCCUGCGCCCAGAAGCAGUUGCAUUUCAUGGACCAGCUGCUGGACGUAGUCCGGAGCCUGACCAUCAGACGCUCCAGCUACUCCAGUGUGCAGGAGCAGUUUGAGGACACCAAGCAGAAGAACGAGGAACUACUGGGGGACCUUCACUCCAGCUCCCAGCUGAAGACUCUCCUGAGCCCUGAGUGUGACCCAAGUUCCCUGGACACGCAGCCCCCUGAUAAGCAGGGUGAUGAUGGACAAAGGGUCAAGCCCUCUGUGGAGUUGAAGGAUCAGAAGGUGCCAGAGCUGGCCAGACAGCUGCAGGAGAACAUAGCCAAGCUGCAGGCACUGCGGGCGGAGCAUAAGCAGGCGGUCGCUGUAGGUGGGGCCGACACCAGCACCCUGGACCAGAAGCUGCGCCUGGUCAUCUCUGACUUCCACCAGCUCGUCCUGGCUUUCCUCCAAGUCUACGACGAUGAGCUGAGUGAGUGCUGCCAGCGCCCAGGCCCCUACCUUCACCCGUGCGGCCCCAUCGUUGAGGCUGUGUACCAGACUCUGACUUCAUGCCGCCAACUGUUGAAAGCAGUGGUGGCGGUCUCUGACACCUCAGCAAGCGCUGUACAGACUACGAAGCAGCAGCAGGGUGAGCAGAUCAGUUGGAGCAGCGACAGCGUUGUGAAGAGUGUAGCCACCAAAAUGGACGAACUGACCCAGAAAUAUAAGCUCCUCAGUGAAAGUCUGAACAAAGGCCUGAAGUAGUCUGGAAGCAGGAGGCUGGUGCCCUGAAGAACCAGGCGGCCGGGGAGGACCGAACCAUUGGCAGGAGAAGCAGUUACAGCCUCCGUGUUCUUCGGCAUAGCCUCCAGAUACCUGGGCCUUCAGCUCCUUGGGAGGGGGGAGGAGGAGGGGCAGGGGAAUGUGAGCUGG